CAGGUCUGAAAUGGUGUGUCAGAUAAGGGUGACAUCCAAAAUGUGUAUUGUUGAGAGUUCUCAAGAGCUGGAAAUAACUUCUCUAGGGUAAUGGUAUUAAUACAGAUUUCAGUUUUCACAGAAUUUCACCUGAACAUUUUUUAACAGAUCUCUUAAAGCUUCUCAUACAUCCUUGGUUCUACGAGAAGCCUGGUUACUAUGACAGGAAAGUCAAAUCUCUGUGCUAUCAUAGAUUAUAUCUCUGCUAGUUCGGGUUUCUUCUGAACAAUGUUAGGGCUUUCAUCUGUGCCAUAAAGUUGGAGCAAGAUGACCUGGUAUUGGCUGAGGCAGCUGACGUUGAGCGAUGACCUUAAGAAACUUCUCAGUUCUGCCUGAUCCGCCUUGGUGGUAUCCUGCACCAUCAGCUCUGCUGAAGUGGUCUUCAGCUCCACCCUGGUACUCAUCUGCUCCACCGUUGGGAUCUUCGGUCCCGUCUGCUCUGCCCUGGUGGGCUCCAGCUCCACUCUGGUGGUCUUUAGCUCUGCCUGCUCUGCCCUGGUGGUCUUCUGCUCCACCCUGGUGUUCUACUGCUCCUCCGUGGUUGUCUUCUGCUAUGUCUGCUCCGCCGUGGUGGAGAGGGGGGGACUCUGUAACUAUCUCUAGCUGGAGUGCCCAUGAGCUCCGCUAGAGGGCACCCCA